AUGGAUCAGGUAAUGCAGUUUGUCGAGCCAAGUCGGCAGUUUGUAAAGGAUUCAAUUCGGCUGGUUAAAAGAUGCACCAAGGGAUGCACCAAACCUGAUAGAAAAGAAUUCCAGAAGGUCACCAUGGCCACAGCGAUAGGAUUCGCUAUCAUGGGAUUCAUUGGCUUCUUUGUGAAACUGAUCCACAUCCCUAUUAAUAACAUUAUUGUGAGUGGCUGAGCCCUUUCUCAUCUUUGGACUGGUGAACCAAUGACAGGGUGACAAGCUCAUGAAGU